AUGAAGCUCACCACCAUAAUCCUCGGCGCCAUGGCCACCAUUGCCAUGGGCAGCCCCGUUGCCGUGUCCCAGGACGAGUCUCCGGCGACCAACAUGGCAGCCGUCGACACAGCCUCGAUUGCCGCCUACUGCAAGCAGUGCGAUGCUUUCUUCACCAAGUGCAUGGGCUCGAUCGGAUGCUGGUACAACCCCUACGGUUGCUCCAUCACGUGCGGCGUCGACACUUGCCGGGCCUACAACGGCGACUGCAAGCGCAACUGCAACUACAACAAGUGCUAG